AUGGUUGUACUGCUUGUACAGCAGGAGGAAAAGCAGAAGAAAACAACAACACCAGUUAAUGAUAAUCUGCCAGUACACCAGUGUGUGUUUGAUUUUUUAGGAGGAUUUUUCACAAAGGAAUCCCAAUAUUACUGCAGCCGUUGCUAUCAGUCCCACUAUGGGACUAAAUGUGCUAAAUGCAAUGAUUAUGUUGAGGGAGAGGUUGUGUCUGCCCUUGGUAACACCUUCCACCAAAAGUGUUUUACGUGUGCCCGGUGCAUGAAACCAUUUCCAACAGGAGAACGAGUGACAUUCACUGGAAAGAACUGUUUGUGUCAGAAAUGUAUUCAGGCAGAGAAGGAAAUUGAUUCCAGGAUAAUACCAGAGCCAGCUAAUGGAUACAACAGUGUUAAUAGCGAUGCUUGUGCAGGAUGCAACCAGGAGCUAAAGGAUGGACAAGCAUUGGUGGCCCUUGAUAAACAGUACCAUAUAUGGUGCUUCAAGUGCACCACUUGUAAUGUUCUGCUGCAUGGAGAGUAUAUGGGACAUGAAGGAAGACCAUAUUGUGAGAAGGAUUACCAUGAAAGAUAUGGAGUUAAGUGCGCUUACUGCCAAAGAUUUAUCUCUGGCAAGGUUCUUCAGGCAGGUGACAACAAUCACUUUCAUCCUACUUGUGCUCGAUGCAGUAAAUGUGGAGACCCAUUUGGGGAUGGGGAGGAGAUGUAUCUUCAAGGGGCAGCAAUCUGGCAUCCUAGAUGUGGACCUGGACCUGGGGAAAGCGGAUUUGUCAUCAAUGGAUUUGACACUUCAAGCAUUGUUGAUGGAUUUGAUGGCCUGUCCUCAACAAUGAGUGAACUGCAUUAUGGAUCCAGGGCCAGUAGCCCAGGAGGGUCAAUGCUAAGAGAUUAUCGAUCCCAAUCUCCUGGAAUUCCAUUUGCGUACAGCUAUAUACGCCAAGGAAGAUCAGUUUCCAGUCUGCGUAAACCCAUUGAUCCAUAUGAUAGAAAAGCUUCCCAUCCACCUAUGCACUUUCAUGUUCCCCAGGAUAAGACAAGGAAGGUGACCAUAACACCACGGUCUAGCAGUAGAUCUGGUAUGAGAGCCAUGAUAGAAACUCUCCAACAUACAUCUCCUAGACCUAGGUCACCACACAUGAACAAUGAGGAGCCUAUAGAAAUGUCCCAUUACCCUGACGGGAAGAAGGUUGAGGAAGAACAUGUGGUUCCAAUCGAACGGGAUGAUUUUCCAGCUCCACCAUUUUUGUAUGCUGAUGAGAAGCGUCGCAGGAGGUGGUCAGAACCAAUGAAAAAAGAAGACAGCGUGGACAUAGGACCCCCUCCAGAUCAUCAACUUGAUGCAAAGCUAAAGAAUCAGGAAGAGACAUUAAGAAAAAUAUCAAAGGGUGGAAGUGGCCUUGGGAAAGUGUUUCUGGAUACAGUACAACAGCGUGAGAAGAUGAAUGCUCAGCGAAGAGCAUUUAUUGAUCCUCGAAGCUAUGCAAGAACACCAUCUGCCACCAGGGAACCCCAGUUUCGACUUCGUUAUGAUUCUCCAGUUAAUGCUUCUCCGUCCCGUUUAACACAUUCUCGCCAUGAGGAUGAACCAACUACAUUUUUUCGGUCAUCCUCAGGGCGUUCUCUUGGGACACCGGGAUACACAACUCCAGGUACAGUUCACAGCACUCCUAGCUACAGGAUAGUGUCAUCACUAGGAGGACCACCUAAACCUGGUUACACCCGGAAAUCUUCAACUCUACCAGCUUCUGGGAUCAACGGAACCUUUUCUCCAGGAUAUUCGAACUUUGAAGCUGGUCUUGAUCCCACCUUCAGUACGGAGUUUAGCAGUAAAUCUGAUAUAUCAGAAAAGAGUUUAGAUCUUAGGGAUGGGCGUGUCUCUGCUACAGUAAACCGAAGGGAUUUAAAAUCCUCCACAACAUACACACAAGGGUUGAGAAAUAUGUCAACUUCUGAGCAGAGCGGACGAUCCUACUCCUCUCAUAUUAAUAGGUCACUGCCGAAUAUGGCUACAGGGUUAAGCAAAGCUCCUAAAAUCUAUCCAAUCCAUCUACUCCUAACCUCCAACUACCGUCUACCCCACGAUGUAGACAGAUGUAACCUGGAGCGCCAUCUGGCGGAUUCCGAUUUCGAACUCGUGUUCGAGUGUGGCCGCCCCGAGUUCUACAGUUAUCCACAAUGGCGGCGAAACGAGCUUAAAAAGCGCGUCAAAUUAUUCUAAAUCGAAUUCAAAAUCUCAGAAAAUCUGUUAAAACAUGAAUAUCUUAAAAACUAAAUUUACAGUCAUGUACAGAAUUGUCAUGUACAAGUUAUACACUACAUUACAGUACACAGUAAACUCCACUGUACAAUACUGUACAGUACAAUGAUAUGAAUCUAGUUUAUAAAUAAACCAGUGACGUCACCAAAGAAGUUCAAUCAUGAAUUAAAAAGGUUGUACGUAGUUAAGAAUAUCCACAAGGGAUAAAAUAGUUUAAUUUCACCUAGACUGUUCGAAAUGACCACCAACGUUCGGACAUAGUGUACAUAGUGUACAAUAUCAUUGAAUGUAAACAAUAAACAUUAGAAAAUGAUAACGAAUUGAAACCGAAUCAGGGUUAGUUUUUAGACUCAUGAUUGUAACUUGAUUCAGGAUGAACUCACCCGUUAAAGGACAUUUGAGAUUUAAUCCCAUCACGUUGUACUCUAUCUAUAUAUAAACUAUAUAUAUAGAUAGUUUUACAUCGUACUUAUAUGUUUUCGGUCCCUUAGUUUUUGUUAAACUGGACUAGAGUGAUAAUUAUAUUGAACUUUUGGGACUUCACUUAGCAGCUUGAUGAAAAAUGAAAUUGUCGGUAGCUUGAGAAAUAAUAAUCAGUGAUAUUUCCUCGGAUGAAGUAUUUGAGCUUUAAAAUUGUCAGAAUAGCUGAAGAAUGCAGAGAAUGCAUGCUGUGGUGAUUUGACACAUUCUGCAUUCUGAAAAGUAUCUGUGCAUGCUUGCAUAGAUUAAUUGAUAAAGGUAAAAGAAUAAGCAGAAUGCUGCAUGCUGCACGGUAGCUAUGAAAUAUACAAGAUGGGGAAGGAGCAUGCUGCAUUCUGCACCAUAGCUAUGAAAUAUUCAAGAUGGGGAAGGAGCAUGCUCCAGCCUGCAUGCUGCACCAUAGCUAUGAAAUAUACAAGAUGGGGAAGGAGCACGCUGCAUGCUGCACCUGGUUGUCUGGAAUACUGCUUGCUGCACCAUAGCUAUGAAAUAUACGAGAUGGGGAAGGAGCAUGCUGCAUGCUGCACCUGGUUGUCUGGAAUACUGCUUGCUGCACCAUAGCUAUGAAAUAUACAAGAUGGGGAAGAAGCAUGCUGCAUGCUACACCUGGUUGUCUGGAAUGUCUGAACUAGAACUAUAAAACAUGAAGAGGAGUUCUUGUCUAAGGGCAAACCGGAUACCCUGUAAAUUGCUGUAGAAAUCCCCCAAGAAAGGUUUGUUUGUAAACAACUGCAAGAUACAGUACAGUUUGCGACCGAUGACGUAAACAAUUUUUAUUCAUCACAAUCUUCAUAAUAAUACCAGAUAGAAAUGGCGAAAACAAUAUCUUCUUAAAAAUUCAAUUCAUAUACCAUUAAAAUAGCUCUAAAAGUAUGCCAGAUUAGCUAUUUUUUCAUAAAAAUAGCUUCUUGUUAGAAAACUACAAAAUAGCUAAAAAAUAUUAUUUUUCACAAUAUUAUAGCCAUAUAUUUAUCCAGCAACAUAGAAAUCUCCAAUUUACAUAAAUAAUGAUUUACAGUGUACAGUGUACACAUUUGUUUAUUUACAUUGUACACAUUUGUUUAUUUGCAGUUUAUCACAGUGACGGGUUUUGUUUUUCAUUGCCGAACCUUUUUUAUGUACAGUUGUACACCACAUAUAUUUAUAAUUUUAUGUACACUACAUAUAUUUAUAAUUUUCUGCAUUUGAGUAAAAUUUAAUUGUAUUUUAUGUAAAUCGGGCAUUUUACAUUUUAUUUUUUAUAUCUUACAUUUAAAGCUUAAAGUUAGAUUUUUUACGUUUCCAGGAAAUACCCCUCCCCU